UUCCCUCUGCCUACCCCCCCCUUCACUUUCCCUUCCACAGCUUCUACGACACUCAUUCCGGAGACGGUCCUUACUUGUUGCAUUUCACGAAUCUGUCGACAACGACGAACAACCAUUCCAUUUCAGUUGUUCCUGCAACCCUCUGCGGUCGCAGACCUAUACUAUCACCACCAUUAAGCCCAAUCGUUUCUCCCCCGUCUCAAUGUCGGACGUCUACAUGGAGCGCGAGCUUGUCCCGGUCAAAGUUAGACGCUACAGAUGGCCCGAACUCCUGCUUGCGGUCCUUCUGUUGAUUCUGUUCAUGUGCGGAGCAAUUGUUCUGGGAUCGUUCGCCUACUUCACGGCAAUACAGCGAAGGCUAUUCAUUAUGGUCCCGUGGUACUAUUACUUCCUCCUAGCCAUCUCGACUCUUACCAUACUCCUCGUUUUCUCCGUUGUCGCCUUGUACUAUGUCCACCUGCUGCUUCCGAUCAUCGUCAUGAUCUCCUCGUUCAUCAUGUUCGUGCUUUGGUUGACGGGAUUGAUUAAGGCCAGUAUCGAACUAUGGGGUCCUCUCGGUAGUAUUAAUGAUAAUUGCGUACGAUACGUUUACAAUGACCAGUUUUGGGGUGGACGCAAUUUGGAUACCCUCGCUAGGAUACAACAAGAGGGUGUUUGCAAUUUGUGGAAGACUACUUUUGCGUUGGAAAUGAUUUCCACGUUCGUGUUCCUGUGGUUGAUCCUCAUGAGCUGGCAAGUCAUAAGUCGUGCCCGAAGAGGGUACUAAUCAAAUUGCAUGACAGGAUUGUAUCCUUCGCAUUUCUUGCAUUGGAAAAGGUGUUCCAUGUAAAUUGGAUUUCCUUAUCUGCUUCUUUUUGUCCAUUUUAUGGAAGUGAUUUCUUCCUUUUCACUGUCACGAAACUUUAUACCCCCGGGAGUGGCGUGAUCCUUAAUGAUGUUUGAUACCUGAUGUUCUCUGGCGUUUUGUUUUUUAUUUGGGCCUUAAUGAAUUUGCAGGUGAUGGGAUGUGGUCAACGAUGAUGUGGGCACUGGGUGGUCUUUUCUGGAUGGAAAUUUGGAGGGAUUGGGGGGCUUUGAAACUCGUGGGGAGUUGAUGUAGGGAUAUGGACUAUGUAUUUUUUAGAAUAUCAGUAUAUAGAACGAGAGGGAGUUGGUUUUUGUUAUCAAUCAAGGUUGCGUUUGAGAAUGUGGAGUAAA